AUGAACAGAUCAGAGAACUUAUUCGUUUCUAGUUCCUCAUUAGCAUCCCAAGUUCAUGCUGCUGCUGUUAAUGGAGAUAAGGGUGCUCUUCAGAGGCUCAUCAUAGGAAACCCUGCUCUUAAAGACAAAGAAGAUCAAUUUGGGAGAACACCACUUAUGUAUUGUGUGUUGGCUGACAGAUUGGAUUGUGCAGAUACUCUCCUGAAGGCAGGAGCAGAUGUUAAUAAAACUGACCAUAGCCAGAGAACAGCCCUCCAUCUUGCAGCUCAAAAGGGAAAUUAUCGUUUCAUGAAACUCUUACUCACACGCAGAGCAAACUGGAUGCAAAAGGAUCUAGAAGAGAUGACUCCUUUGCACUUGACCACCCGGCACAAGAGCCCUAAGUGUUUGGCACUUCUGCUGAAGUUUAUGGCACCAGGAGAAGUGGAUACACAGGAUAAAAACAAGCAAACAGCGCUGCAUUGGAGUGCCUACUACAAUAACCCCGAGCACGUGAAGCUGCUUAUCAAGCAUGAUUCCAACAUUGGGAUUCCUGAUGUUGAAGGCAAGAUCCCACUUCACUGGGCAGCGAACCAUAAAGAUCCAAGUGCUGUUCAUACAGUGAGAUGCAUUCUGGAUGCUGCGCCAACAGAGUCUUUGCUGAACUGGCAAGACUAUGAGGGUCGAACACCUCUUCAUUUUGCUGUCGCUGAUGGAAAUGUGACAGUGGUUGAUGUCUUGACCUCGUAUGAAAGCUGCAACAUAACAUCUUAUGAUAACUUAUUUCGAACUCCACUUCACUGGGCAGCUUUACUGGGCCAUGCACAGAUUGUCCAUCUUCUUUUAGAAAGAAAUAAGUCUGGAACUAUCCCAUCUGACAGCCAAGGAGCAACACCUUUGCACUAUGCAGCUCAGAGUAACUUUGCUGAAACAGUCAAAGUGUUUUUAAAACAUCCUUCAGUGAAAGAUGAUUCUGACCUCGAAGGAAGAACAUCCUUUAUGUGGGCAGCAGGGAAAGGCAGUGAUGAUGUCCUUAGGACCAUGCUGAGUUUAAAAUCUGACAUUGAUAUUAACAUGGCAGACAAGUAUGGAGGUACAGCCUUACACGCUGCUGCCCUUUCUGGCCACGUUAGCACAGUGAAGUUAUUACUGGAAAAUAAUGCUCAAGUAGAUGCUACCGAUGUCAUGAAACAUACCCCACUUUUCAGAGCCUGUGAGAUGGGACACAAGGAUGUGAUUCAGACACUCAUUAAAGGUGGAGCAAGGGUAGAUCUAGUUGACCAAGAUGGACAUUCUCUUCUACAUUGGGCAGCUCUGGGAGGAAAUGCUGAUGUUUGCCAGAUAUUGAUAGAAAAUAAGAUCAAUCCAAAUGUGCAAGAUUAUGCAGGAAGAACCCCUUUGCAGUGUGCUGCAUAUGGAGGAUAUAUCAACUGCAUGGCAGUGCUCAUGGAAAAUAAUGCAGACCCUAACAUUCAAGACAAAGAGGGAAGAACAGCUUUGCACUGGUCCUGUAACAAUGGAUACCUUGACGCCAUUAAAUUACUGCUAGACUUUGCUGCUUUCCCUAAUCAGAUGGAAAAUAAUGAAGAGAGAUACACACCCCUGGAUUAUGCUUUGCUUGGUGAGCGCCAUGAAGUGAUCCAGUUCAUGUUGGAGCAUGGUGCCCUGUCCAUCGCAGCUAUACAAGACAUUGCUGCUUUCAAAAUCCAAGCGGUCUACAAAGGGUACAAGGUCAGAAAAGCUUUCCGAGACCGGAAAAAUCUCCUUAUGAAGCAUGAACAAUUGAGAAAAGAUGCGGCUGCCAAGUAAGUUGGAGCUACGGAAAUUGUGUGCUCACAGCUCAGAAUCAGGGUGGAAGUGGGCUGGGGGUGGCGGGGUGGCCAGGAGAGAAUUUUUUGAUCCCUGUACCAGUGUCACCUUCCCCCUUCUUCCCACCACUCCAUCCUCAAAGGGCUGAGGCUGCAGUGAAGGAUGAAGGCCUAACCUCUACUUGGUGGCUCUGCCUCCAGAUUAGUCCCUGAUAUUCCAGCCCAGGGACAAACCGCUGCCAAACCCACCCUUUGCAAGAGUUGGGGGUAGGACUGCUAUGUAGAGUAAGCUACAAAGAGAAAACUGUUCUUCUCACCCUUACUGCCUUUCCAAAUAAAACUUAUGUCAACAUCUAGCCUAUUUUCACUAGACUAAUCUGUCUAGUUUUGAUUUGAUUAGAGCAACCAACUUGUACAAAUAUC